AAACCUCACCUAAACUUUUCAAGCCAUCUCCAGUCACGUUCCACACCAUUUUCUAGCGUCAGCUGUUUUCUCUCUGGUCACCGGAGAUGGUUCAUGCUCAGGCGGCGCAGCCGGAGACGGACUCCAGCACCUCUCGUCACAGGCCACUUGCCCUCGGCCUCAUCGUCUCCGUCUCGGCCCUUGUGUCCCUGUGCGCGAAGAAGGCCGGCCAAGUCUCGAAGAAGCUCGCGCACCACCGGCACAACCGGGGCAAGUUCUCGCCGAGAUCGCCGGCUGCGGCGAUGGGGUCCCCGCUGGGGCGCCCGAAGAAGCUCCUCUCGAACAUAAGCAGCAAGGCGAUCGCGUUCGUGCACGGGCGCAAGAAGGGUGCCUCCCGCGGCGGCGACGAGUCCGAGGCGGAGUCGGAGGAGUUGUGCUUCGGGGACGGCGGCGUCUGGCAGAGGAGCAUCCUGAUGGGGGACAAGUGCCAGCCGCUGGACUUCUCCGGCGUGAUCUACUACGACGAGAACGGGAAGAAGCUCGACCAGGCUCCCCUCCGGUCCCCGCGCGCCAGCCCCUUGCCGGGGUACCUCUCCCGCGCCUGCCCGGAGGAGGGACGGGUCAGUAAAUUCGACUUCGGCGGAUUGGGGAAGUAGCUAAAGCUUCAUAGUAAUACCAAAUUAGCGCGACCCUGAUCGGGUUUGGGGAGCAUGGUCGUUCGUUUCGCCCUGUGAUCAGAAAGUUUUGUGAGCUAAGAGGUGAAGUUUGACUGUACAAAUGCUUCAGCCAGGAAUUGGUCGUUCCAUAAUGUUUGUUGGGCUGUCCCUUCACCAAGCAAUCUCUGUCUUC